CCCACCUUACUUGUGUUACCCCCAUGCCCAUUGGUGUGGAGACAACAUUCUCCUUAAAAGGCGUAUUUCAGGGCAGAAAAUUUGCAUACGUACUGCUAUAAAUGUGUUAGACUUGCUGCUAAACACCAGAGCGGUCCGGUCCGGGAGAAGGAAUCGUUUCACGUGCCCCUUCACCGUGCACAGCAAAAAGACAAAGCCCUUGAGAUCUAAGUUGCGUCCGAGUACAGCUCCUAAUCGCCAUGGAUUACAAGGGGUAUUUCUACAUCCAGAGCCGGCAGACCGGCAUGGUCCUUGACGUGAACGAGGCCAACACCGCGUCCUCCACCCCCAUCAUCGUCUAUCCCAAGAAAACCGAGGGGGUCGAGAACCAGCUCUGGAAGUACAACUCGGAGACUGGUGAACUGGAGAGUCGCUUGAAUGGUUACCGUAUCGACGUGUCCGGAGGAAAAGCGUGCAACAGUGCAAGUAUCAUCAACUACCCAGAGAAUAACGCCGCCAACCAGAAGUGGUACUUCAGGAAGGACGGCUCCAUUGAGAGCGGGUUGGGGAAACAGUGGGUCCUGGACGUGCAGGGGGCGGACACUAACGCUGGGACAAAGGUCAUCCUGUACGAGCGUAAGGACGGGGGACCAAGUAUCAACCAGCAAUUUGAUGUGGUGCCUUACGUGCCCGCGGACGGGUUCUACAUCCGGAGCGCCCUGAACGACUGCUACCUGCAGAUCAAGGACGGCAGCGCCAAAACGUCUGCCCUCAUCUGCAUCGGGAACAAGGCUGACGGGGACCGCAAGUUCCAGCGCUGGAAGUACAACAAGGAGACCAGCGCCAUCUGCAGCGAGCUGAAUGACUACGCCAUAGACGUGAGGCAGGCAAAUGCGGCCAACUCUGCCGAGAUCAUCGCCUACCCGUGCCACGGUGGCACCAACCAGGGCUGGACCUUUGAGAAGAACGGCUCCAUCGUGAGCGGCAUGGGCAAGACCUGGGUCCUGGACGACACUGCCUCGGGCGGAGCCGGAACUCCCGUCAUCCUCUACACCUGGCACGGCGGGAAGAACCAGCAGUGGUACAUCUCCACAGAAUAAGGCCUAGAGGGUAUCAGGCAAUGGGUGAUGCAUCCACCCCCUCCCCACUGAGGGCCUGCAGAACCAAGCUUAGCCGCUUUGCGUCGCUGUGACUGAAAAGAAUCACCUUAGAACUUUUGCGUUUAUAAUAGUUAUUUAGAAUCGGGCAAUUUGGCGGAAGUA